CCGGGGCGAGAGAUACCCGCCACGAGUUCUUGAGGCACGACGCUUAGAACUACGUCGUGAAACAAUGGCGGAGUGGAAGAUGCGACUUGUGCAACAUAGCGCAGGGCAUGCCGUAGUAGCGGCAGUAAGUCCAAUUAUGGAGGCGUGGAUCGGCAGAGGGCAUGGUGCCCUAAGCUUCCGGUUGACACAGGUCCUUUCCGGACACGGCUGCUUCGGAAAGUACUUGUGUCGUAUAGGCCGGGAGCAGACGUCGGCGUGUCAUCAGUGUAAUGACAAUUUGGAGGAUACGGCGCGGCAUACGCUCGAAGAGUGCUCUACAUGGGCAGAGCUGCGUCGUGAACUCAUUACAGUGCUCGGAGGGAAUGAUCUCUCAUUGCCGACCGUAGUGCGAGCUAUGGUUGACAGUGAGAGUGCAUGGGAUGGAGUCGCUUCCUUCUGUGAACGUGUCAUGUUGGCAAAGGAGGCGGCUGAAAGGGAGAGGGAGGCGUCCAGCUCUCUCCCUUCUCGCCGUAGACGCGCCGGCCGUCAACGCCGCGAGGUGGUAGCUGAUCUGCGACCUCCAUAGGAGAGACCUUCGGGCGACUGAU